GAACGCGCCUGAGCCAGCGCGCGCGCGCGCCCCCGCGGAACUCCCGCCGGCGGCUGGGCUCUGCCGGAGGCGCGCCCGAUCGCGGCGGCCGCCAACAUGGCCGAGUCGAACGAGGAGGUGGCGGUGCUGGUGCAGAGGGUGGUGAAGGACAUCACCAACGCCUUCCGAAGGAACCCGCACAUAGAUGAAAUUGGCCUGAUCCCAUGCCCUGAAGCAAGAUAUAACCGGAGUCCCAUUGUCCUGGUUGAGAACAAACUUGGUGUGGAGAGCUGGUGUGUCAAGUUCUUAUUACCAUAUGUCCACAACAAGCUCCUUUUGUACAGAACGAGAAAGCAAUGGCUAAACAAAGAUGAACUGGCUGACGUCACCUGCACCCUGCUGCUUCUCAACCCAGACUUCACCACUGCAUGGAAUGUCAGGAAAGAGCUCAUCCUCUCUGGCACUUUAAGUCCAAUUAAGGAUCUGCAUCUGGGAAAACUGGCCUUAACUAAGUUUCCUAAGAGUCCAGAGACAUGGAUUCACAGGCGCUGGGUGCUGCAGCAGUUAAGUCAGGAAACGUUCCUGCCCUCCUCUGUGGCCAAAGGAAGCUUAGGUGCAGUUCCUGCAGAGAGGACACAGCGGAUAAUACAGGAAGAGAUGGAAGUCUGCAGUGAAGCAGCAGGGAGAUAUCCCAGCAACUACAAUGCCUGGUCCCAUCGCAUCUGGGUUUUACAGAACGUGGCCAAGCUGGAUCUGAAGAUCCUUCUUGAUGAACUGUCUUCUACUAAACACUGGGCGUCCAUGCAUGUCUCAGACCACAGUGGAUUUCACUAUCGCCAGUUCUUGCUAAAGUCAUUGAUUAGCCAGACUACGAUAGACAGUGCUGUACCGCAGCACAACUCUUUGAAAAGUGAGCCAAAAGAUGAAGCAGCGGCAGCCUCAACAGAGGAGCCAAGUGUGAAUCUUCCCCAGCUCCUAGAAGAAGAGGUGGAAUUCUGCACAGAUCUUAUUGAUUCCUAUCCAGGACAUGAAACCCUUUGGUGUCACAGGCGGCACGUUUUCUACCUUCAGCAUCACUUAAAUGGCAGGCUCCCUCCCAACCUGACUCACCUGUCACCUGCAGACUGCCCUGGGGGCGCUUUGAAUGACUCGCUCCAGAUUCCAACAAGCCCUCAACUAUCUCAGGCAAUGGAAGUGGACGGACUGAGUGACUCUAGCAAGCAAGGCUAUUCCCAGGAAACCAAGCGCCUGAAGCGGACCCCAGCUCCAGACUCCCUAGGCCUGGAGAUGGAGCACAGGUUUAUUGAUCAAGUAUUGUCCACUUGUCGGAACGUAGAGCAAGUCAGUUCAGCUUAAGAAUAUUAAUCCACCCGCAGAAGCACUUGGCGCUGACUGCAGUUCUGAGAACACAAUGGCUACACGGGUGGAUGGGAGGACGUCAGCCACUUCCCUCUCAAGCGUGUUCUCCCGUUAUCCACUCAGAACCAAAGCCAGGAGGGUUGGAAUUUAUAUAGAAAAAAAAAAUAAAUUGCUUCCAAUGUAAUCUAUUUUUUAAAUGAUUAUUUAAAAGAAACUAAACUAAUUUAAGAGUUUAUGUAAUUGUAGUACUGAAAAAUUAUUUUUAUUACUAGUUUUGAUAGAUUGUUUUUACCUCGCAUUUGGUAUAUGCCAAAACAGCAAGUCAGCCCUUAUAAAAUAAAUUCUUUUUUUAAAAAAAAACCCACAAAUGCCAUUUUUAGUUAUUACUAAUUUUUUUCCUUCUAAAGUCACUCAUGAAAGUGGGACACAGAAAUGUAGUCCUGUAAAGCUUUUUUUUAAAAAAAGAAGUAAAUAAAGAAUUACUGAGGUUGUGCUGGAUAAACUGCAAGGUUUUUUGUCAAGUGGCUAGUCAGAGUUGACGGGCACAAGUCUAGGGAGGAAGACGGGUUUUGAGCAUUUAGUUCAGUUUUUACUUUUCAAAUGAAACCCUGCUCUUUGAUACUGAAUUCAUCAGGGAUAAGUACCAAAGUGCACGCUGUAGCUCUAUCUCAGCAACAAGGGCUGUGCUCUCAAGGCUGGAGAAGUCGGGGGUGAGGGGGAUGGGUCCAGUCUCCUUCCUUCUGACAUCCACCCCUUCAGAGGAGCCGUGAUUCCUCUGUGUGUACACCUUCUCUUACCUUGCCAGUCCAUUCCCUACUUUCCGUCACUCACUGGCCCAUAUUUUUUUCUCAUGUUCUUUUUUUUUUUUCAGGGAUGCCAACAGAAGCUAUUAUUACUGUUAUAAUAGCUUAAUACCUAUCUAUAAACACAGGGAGUAUGAGUAAAAGGUGUCCCUCUCAAAUUCCCUUUUCAUGGCUGUCUUGGUUAGGGUUCCUAUUGCUGUAAUGAAAUGCCGUGACCAGGAGCUGAGUCAGUGGCCAUGGAGGAGUGCUGCUUACUGUCUUGCUCUAUGGCUUGCUUGUUCAAUUUUCUUGUUAGGAGCCCAAGGGGUGACACCACUUACAUCGAUCUGGGCCCUCUCUCGUCGGUGCCUAAUUAAUCCGCUAUAGGCUUGUCUACAGCAGGAUCUUCUGGAGCAUUGUGUCAAUUGAGGCUCUCACGUCUCAGAUGACUAGCUAGGAUCAGAUUGACAUAACACUAGCUGGCUCGGAUCCUGUGUAUGUGCAAAAUGCAAGCUAUGAUUGCAGAAAUAAGCCAAGCCAUCAUGUUUGGCGUGCUCUCCUUUCUCAAGCUUGGUUAUGUGCAUUGCAGGUGGAGGGACAGAAGGAAAGGCAAACCCCUCCUUCCUUGCUCUGGUGGACGCUUGUACUUGAGUUAGGCAUACUGCAUUAAGAGAAAAGAACAGACUUUUACUUGGGCAUCGUGGUCUUAUUGGGUGGCAGACUGCUUGGCUGGGUGACACUUAGGAAACCAUGAAGAAAUUUUUCUACUGGCCCCAGGAGAUAGAUCUUACUCUUUGGGGGCAAAGUUGUUUUUACUACCUUUAUUAUUUAGAUGAUAAUAUAUUUGCCAUUGUGAACAUAAUUCCAUAACCUUCUAUAUACAAAGCAUAUUUUGAAUCAUUAAAUACCUCAGGUUCUACAUGAACCUCUAUAGGAAAAACCAUUACAUGAUGUGUAGGUCCUCUGAGAUUGAGAAGUGACACAAAUGACAUGCAGCUCCUGUAGCCGGACCCUAUCUCGACUCAGUCUUACCUUCUCUUCUCAGCAUCCGUCUUAUGUCCCAAGUAAUAGGGCUUACCUUUGAUAUAGUAUGUGUCAGAACAUGAACAUAGGCUAUGCCUUAUGAACAUCAGCUAAAUUUUUAUAGUGCUUCAUGCCUUUUUAUAUCUCCUAUUCAGCAUCUUGAUCAUCUAGGUGUCAGCUGCCUUCUUCUAAGGCUCGGCCCACACCUUCCCAAAGCCGUAGAGUCCUCUAAUAUACCGUGAUUGCAUCUUCCUAGUAAAGUUGGAAGUAGGUAGUAAAAAUGCAAAUAGCGAAAAGAUCCUGUUUCUGUGUGGGUUUUGUAUGCUACAUUAUUUCUGAAAUUAGCAUUUUUGAGUGUUCAUUCACAGGACUUAGGAUUUCUCUGGAACUUUCCCCUACGCGUUUGGCAUUCACCUUUACUAGCAAGCUACUGUGUCUUUGACCAAAUGAAUUCAUGCAGUAGAAAAGGAAAAUAUGUCUAAUUUAGGGGCUUGUUUAGUCAUAUUCCUCAACACAUAUCUUACUGUUAGAAGGAAAAGAUAGUUUGAUUGGCACAUUGCAUCUGGUUUUACUCCUGUGGAUCAAGAAAACCACUGACACACAACAAGCAGUAAGAUCUAUGAUCUUCACCAUAACCCCGCCCUACAUGUCUUUGUUUUUAAAGUCUAUUCUGGUAAUUGUCUUGCCCAAUUAUAUUCAUAUGCCUUGCAUAUCAAAAGGACUUAGUAACUAUCUAUUAAUGAUUAAUUAGCUCUUUGAAGAAGGGAAAGAUUGUUCUUGUUCAUAAAUGAUGGAAUAAUGAUCAGGAAAUUAAUGAGUUAUAAGUGAGUGAUGUGGGCUAGCUCUGCUGUUCUUAAGGAGAGCUCCCAUGUGUAAAAAUCAGUGAGAUUUAGAUUUGCUGUCUUCAUUACCUUGCUUAGAUUUGUUACCACUCAGCUGUGAGGUGGAGCGCUAGAAUUCUCCUAGCUGUUCUUUAUCUACACUAAAAAUCCUCAGUCAAUAAAAUCCACUUGAUAGGAUUAUUGUUUUCUUUCACUAGACAGUGUUGGAGAGCAGAUCUUGCAUAUAGCACCAGAGGCACAUCUGAUCAGCUGGGAUAAUUCUUGGCCUUUAGGGACUUGUUGAUGUGCAUUUGUGCAGGAAUCAUCCUGAUCCCCAACUUGAACUGUGGACCUUGUAGGGACUCCUUGAACCUGUCUGUGUGAGUCGUUUUGUAAACCUAAGGCUUUUAUACCUUCCUGUAGAAGCUUUGGGCCCAGACUUUCAUCACCUUUUCUUACUCGUAUGGCACAGCUCUAACUUAAGUUAUGCAUGCCAUUAGUACUUUCCUCUUUGUUUUUGUGGUGCUGAGGCUCAAGCUGAGAUUUAUUAUCAGUCAUAGAAGUAAAUGUGUACAGAUUAUCACCAGAAGCCACUUAUAGUUUCAAAUAAGGGCUAUGUAACAUACAAUGCAGAAGCGAGCUUUUGAGUUUAUGUGCAGUGGUCUGUAGAAUGCAUAUGUGGUAGACAAUGUUAGUUCAGUAAUGUUCAGCUCCUCCCAGUUCACACUCUCUGUGUGUGUGUGUGUGUGUGUGUGUAUACAAAUAGUCAGUCCUGCAGUUUUAUUUAGCACAAGAUGGUGUGUGACAUGAGCCAAAUGCAACUUGAGAGUAGACCCACCAGGGAGGAGCCUCUCCCUUGGCUCCCUAAUGGGGUUAGGGAAGACUCAGCUGUAAAAUGAAGAGUGAAAAAUCCGUCCCCUUUUUCUUCCUCCGAAAAGCUUUUUGGGUUUACUGUUAUUUUCCUACUCAAAAUUUUUAUCUUAAAAAUUUUAAAUGUUUUAUUCUAAAUUUUUUACACUGUAAAAACUUUGUCUUAAAUGAAACUGCAAACACAAGCAAUGUCUUUGCUCCCCCACCCCCAGCACACAUAGUCUGUAAUGAGCUCAUGCUUAUUAGAGAAGCAUGGUGGGGUACCGGGAAGUUUCAGCAAACUCAGUUUUAUAGAAGCAGUGAGCAAGAAAAAAACGACCCCAAGAAUUCCACAUACUGUCAUCCAAUGUCUUCUUUAAAAUAACUCUACAUUGUGUUGAGUGCCUUUCUAACUUCAAUGUGUGGUACAAGGUUAUCUUAUACUGAACUCUUGUGUUUAGGGAGUAAAAAGUGUAGAAAUUUUAUCAGCUUAUUGUGUCACAGUGAGAUAUACUUACUGGCGAAGUUAGGGUCUUUUGAUUUAUAUUUCAUCAAUUGGCAAUUUUUUGUACCCUACCAAGAACAUCAAGAGUUAGAAUUAAUUUUCUGUCUCUCAGACAGCUAACAUUGUGAGUUUUAGAGGCAUCAUAAUUACAGGGCAGUGUGCAAAUAAUUGAAGACACAAAAGCUGUGUAGCCUAUGCUUGAAGAGAAGCAGGCACACAAUGCACUGCCGAGAGAGAGAGAGAGAGAGAGAGAGAGAGAGAGAGAGAGAGAGAGAGAGAGAGAGAGAGAGAGGAGAGAGAGGUGUUGUCCCAAGUGACCCUUUGCCUUAUUCUAAGAACAUGCCUUUCUCCCAAAUUCAGACAUGGGGGUAGGAUAGUUAAAAGGGGGAAAAUGGGACUGGCUAAUACCAAAAGAAAAGGUAAAUACUCAAAUGAAAUUUCAAGUUUUGUGAAUUUGUGUGUGGAAGGGGAGGGGAGGCCUGUCAUAGUUCAUGAUAGCAUAUAGUUUUCUUUAUGGUUUCUUAAAAAUAUAGUAAAUAUUCCAAAGUGCUUUGCAGAGAGUUCUUGAAUAAUACAUCUCUAUUUUGUGUUCAUAAUUGAUGUAUAAACCAGUGUCUCCUGUGUGGCUUUAGGGUGGGAGGGGAAUUCUCAGGCUCCCUACAUCUCGACCCUCUCAGGCCAUCCCUGUCACCACGAAACAACUAGAGGCUGGUGGUUUAAAAAGAAAAGGCAGUUAGGUUGCUCUGCUGAAGAAACAGUGUCCUUCAAAGGAUGUUAGCUGUAUAUAGUUCAUGCUUUCUGAACAAGAGCAUGAGCCACAAAGCUGACCCUGACCUUUAUUAGUCUCUUGUUAAUCUCAGGGUGUAGAAGAUUUAACCAAUUUAGAACAACAUUUUAUAUUCUGUGGCCAAAAAGAAAAGGCAAAAUAUGCUAAUUACAUUGCUAGCUAUUAGUGUGCGAAAUCUAAUAUGGACCAUCUUGCCGCUUGUCCUGUAGUUGUAGUGAGACUGUUAUCAAAAACGUUGCUAUGGAGAGAAUAUCUGUGUUUUGCAAACUGACAGCUGUUUUGCUUCCCAAGGCUGCUUUUUCUCUGCAAGUGUAAGAUGCAAGACAGACAGGUUCAGUAUAUCACAUAGUGCUGUGCAUAUUGUGAGAAAUUAACAAAUCCGAACUGAUAAAUGCUGGAGAAGGAAUAUGACUAGCAUAUCUCUAUCUUAGCAUUGCCCACAUAUGGGUGAGCUAUACAAUUUUAUAUGAGAUAUACAUUAUGUUUAAUUAUAUAAGGCAAGAUACACAAUUGUAUAACAUUGCAACCAAAGUUGAGGUUCUUUUUAAGUAUCUAAAUGUGUGUGUGCGCGUGCGUGUGCGUAUGCACAUACAUACAUCUACCAAGAUCUAGAGCUCAGGCUUACAUGAUUUUUUUACACAAAAGAUUUAUGCAAUGAAUUUUUAUUUUCAUAUUUGCUCAAAGUAUUUUAAUUUAAGACAAUUUUCUUGACAGACAACCUCCUCCAGUAAAGUUGGAAACUGACAUGUGUCCAUUUACCCUAUUUAAAUAUUUGUGAAAACUGAUUAUGUGUUUGUAUGUUUAUAUGUUAUUCUGUUUUUCUCCAAUAUUGUUAAGGAUUUAGCCUUUAUUUUAUGCCUAGCAAUCACUUUCCUAAAGGCACUGAGCAGUGCAACACAUGCUCUGCUGAUGACAGUGAAGUGAUACAUAAUACACGUGUCGUUGGUGCAAUGUGCCGACUACUCACAGGACACUCCAGCAUCCCCUAGAAGCAGUCAUUUGUCCUCACAUUCAAUGUCAUGCAUUUAAGGCAGGCGGCUUUGUGUUGGUUACAGAAGUGAUAUAAAUGGGGUGCAAAUAGCAACAGUUCAGUCAAUAAGUACUUAGCUAUUGCUCUAGCAUCAGACUAACUUAGCUCUCACCAAGGAGACAGUUGCCAUCUCUUCUCUGAGGAAUAUAUCUGUAGUGUGAUACGUUACACAGUGAUAAAUGCUAUUACAUGACAUGAAUUAUUACACUUGUUUUUUUAGGCUGGCUUUAGAAACAUAAUAAAGAUAUUAUUUAACAGAACCAUGGCAUGAAAACAAGAGUUAGAAGAAGUUUGAGCAGUAUCUCCCUGUAAGAGGCACAUUUAAUAAAUGUCUCAAGGUGUCAGCAGAUGCAGAACCAUGCUGCUCUUUAUAUAUUGGCAUAUUCAGGACUUUAUACUUUAUUUCAUUUCUCUCUAAUUCUAGUUGCUUUGCAUUGUCUUAAAGGUGAUAAUGAUAACAUGGGAACUUAGGCUGAGUAACUUCAUAUAAUUUUCUCAGAAUAUAUUUGACAUGAGGAAGAAUUUUUUUAUCAGUGGUAUUGUAGUUUAGUUUGGGUGCCUAUUCUGAGUUGACCUGAUGUAGAAGAUUAGACAGUUUUGAAACAGACAUUCCUACCUGACCCGUGAGGAACCAAGUGUAGUGCAAGUGUGAUUAGGCUUUGGCCUCUGGUGAGCUCCCUGGUGCAUGGUCCUGUAUUGGCUGUAGUCACUUUGUACUUUUGCUGUAUUUUGUUCUAGAAGAGUAAUGGGGUGUACACUAGACUAGAUCACAUUACUGUUUCUGAGCUGGAAACAAUAAAAAAUAAGGUGUCUAAGUAUGCCAAAUAUUUAUAUACUGCUAUAAAAGCUAAGAGGAAGACUUUUCAAAAGUACAGAAAUUACUUUUUCUAAACUCCAGUCUUUGUAUGCUAGUUAAUUGCUUAGUUCAACAUUAUAAAACUAUGGGACUUUCACUGAAGAGAAAGAUCUCAGAUACUAUAUAUUCUAUUAUCAGAAUUCACCAUCUGUGUUAGUUUACAUUGCUUGUAGAUUUUCCAAAAAGAGCCUUCAGUGGGCUAUAGUUAACAUUGGGCACAUUAGUGUAAUCACGGUACACUGUAGAUCCCAGACAUUAGUGUGACUGGCUUGUUCUCCUGGGAAUAGCUGUCCUCACUGACAGAUACCACUUUGCCUGGUAUGGCAGUCUGUAUCGAAGUUCCUUUAGCUCUUAGUAUAGCAACCCACAGUUUUAAAAGGAUGAAAACUCAUGAAUUCUUUACAGCUAAAGUGUAUAUUCUGGAUGGGAAUAAGAAAAACUUUUGUACAAAGGUAUGUGCAAAGUACACUUGUGGUAUUUUGGGGUUUAGUACCCCAGGAUGAUUAAAUUAUGCUAAAUUCUAAGAUUAUCACUUGGACUUUUGGCUAAGAUUAAAUGUAAAUUCUAAGAUUAACAUAUCAUGUAUUGUCUAUAACUGGGUGUUCAAUGGAAAUGUAAUGUGAGCCCCAAAGGUAUUACAAUUUUCUAGUAGCAAUGUUUAAGACAUAUAAUUAACUUUUAAUAACAUAUCUUAUUUAACUUAAUCUAGUAAAACACGCUUUCAAUAUUCAUCAAUGUAACAAAAUUAAGGAGCCAUCUAGCGCCUUUUCUCCCUUUAUAUUAGUCUUCACAAUUCAAUGUGUGGUUUGCACUCACGCUGCCCCUCCACUGCAGCCAUGUUUCAUGCCCUCAGGCUCCACGUGUGGCCAGGGGCUGCUGCUGCAGACACAAUGCAGAUUUAUAGGCUACAAAGUAUGAAUCUGUUUAAAUUUGGAGGUGACAGAUGGACAUGAAAUUUCGAUCCUUUAAGGAUUGUUUAGAAAGAAAUCUAAUGAAGUUUUCCUUCAUUUUAAGUUAACUUUGUUCUAGAAAUUGGAUCAACCUGAUCUAAUUUGCCAAGCAUUAUUUGAAGAAGAAAUCCUGUGCCAUGCAAAAUACCUCUAGGAUUGUUGUAAAGUACUGACGGUAGAAUAGUGACAGUCUUCGGUCUUCACUAAAGUCUGUCCUGUUUCUUCAAAGCAUACCAGCUUGAGUUGCAUGCUUAGUGCAUAUCCGGACUUGUUUGCUUCCCAUUAUUCUUGUUAUAUAAUGAUGUAUAUUAACCAGCAGCCCUAGGAUUCUAAUCUAUGCAGCUGUCUGCCAGAACAUAAUGAUGUACCUAUUAAAUCAUGGUAAAUAGAAGAGAAAUAAGUUGAACCAUUUCUUUCCCCAUUAGAAUUGUUUUUUAACAUGUGGCCAUGUACCAAACCAGCUGUAAAUUAGUGUAUUUCUGUAGAAUAUGGAAACGGUGUUGUCUUUGAUGAUGUCUGAGUAAACGUUACCUCUCCUAAAGCAAGCGCUAUGUGUGUUUCAUCUCCAUGCAUGUUAAACUUGGCUGCGGUUAUCUGUCAAGAUGCCCAGCUGACUGCUUUGAUUGUGUUAGAUGGAUGAACUAUUGUCUGAAAAAAAAAACUGACAACUGACUAUCAUAUAUAUACAAAGCAUAGAACAUUAAAAAUCAAACUCAGAGAAACUACAUUGUUGUUUUUAAAAUAUAUUAACAGUGACAGAUUGAUUUAGGAAAGUCAUUAUGUCCAGAUAUACUUUAUUUUUCUGUAUUCAAGUGAAGGUAUAACGUGAGAUGUUACUAGCCUUACACAGUGUCUGUGCUGUAAGCAAGAAAUGGCAGCUACUUACACUUCAUGAAGAAGCCUCUAGAUGGACCCAGAAAAGUAGCCAGGGAAGUAAACAUUUAUUUCACUCAGAUUUUAGUACUUCAGAAGGUUGUUUGUGGAGAAGGCUUUGUUAACAACACCGAUUACGUUAGCAAUGAUAUGCUAUUAUCAAUGCAUGUUUGUAUAGGAAGCAGGCUGUGCAGUUUAUGUUUGCAUCAUUCCAAAGAGCAGGGUGUGUGUUUGUUGUAACUAAUGUGGUAGAGAAAGUAGUUUAUUAAAGACAGUCUUAAUUUAGAUUAAUAGUCAGACAGUAUAAAUAUGACAAAAUUGGUAUUAGAAAAAUGCGUCUCUGGGAAAUCAUACUGUUUAACAGCAUGUUUCUCCAAAUGCAUGGUUAGUACUAGUAACGUGGCUGGCACGCCAGCCGGCUGAGUCAGUCUGAGGGUCGUUUGCUGUUGGUCUGCACUCAGCACAUGCAGCACUUUCUUUGUGCUAUAAUUUCAAAAGGAGUUUUACUUUUAGCAUUGCAUUAUGUUAAAAAGAAAAGCAAGUCCAUGUUUGACAUGAACAAACAACGUAGCUCCUGUCUCCCAGGCACUCCUUCCCAGUGGCCAGGCUGGGUAUCAGCUUUGAGCCACAGUGUUCUUACAUGAGAGUCACCCUAUUGCGUGUGUCAUGUGUAAGGAUAGCAGGAAAUGAAGGGCUGCUUGCUCCCUCUUCAGAGCCUCAGAGAAAUCAAUGGUCAGCAGAUGUUCCUCCACAGAAAGAUUCUUGAGGAAUAUUAGCCUCCAGGAUAGACAGAAUUUAAUGCUUUAAAGUCGACGUGUUCAGUAUCAAAGUACUCGGAGUCACAAAAGGCUUCCUAUUCCUCUGGGAAUGACAGUGAAAGGUCUGCCUCGUGACUCAGGAGCUAGCGAGCUGUCAUGUUUUGAUGGUUUUCUUUUUUUUUUUUUUUUUUUUAAGUUGCUAGUGAUCUAAGCACACACAAUUUUGAAAGAAAAUUAGAUCAUUUAAUAAACGGGGUUGGUAAACCUGUUAAUCACCCAUUUGUUUUAUUUCCAAAUAAAUUUUGUAAUUUUACCAUCUACUUUGGUCCCUUGGCGGGAAAUGUCCAGUUCUCUGAAGACAUCUGACCUGUGUCCAUUAUAUGAUACGCUUCCGUUAAUUCAGUGAUGCCAUGGGGGGAAACAUGAAGGCAUUCUAUAUAGCACUUACAGCAAUAGGAAAUCACAAAAACUGACAGUGGGUUGGGCAAACCGCUAAGAGUGCCAGAUUGUGUGGGAAAUAGCCUACAAUUCAUUUCACUUUUGGAGGAAGUUAGAAAACUGUAUGUAAAGUAAGGUCCUAGCUUUUUUAAAGCAAGUUUUAAAAAUUUCUUUUCAGUUAUUAAAGAACUAACUUACUGAACAGGAGUAAAAUUAUUGGUGAAAAAAAAUAGUUGUUUUUCUAGUGUAAAUAGGAAAGCCUGCUUAAACCAGAACACUAAUGGAAAAGGUCUUCAAAGUAGCUAAGGGAAAGGAUUAAGAAAAACAAAAAACACUUUUGAAGAGGAACAUUGAAAUUAUCCUUGUGAUUGAUAAGAAUUUUAAGUAAAGCAUGUUGAGGACUGUAGGUAAAUACACACAUGUACACAUAUACACCCUGUGCGCACACACACACAGUUCUACUCAGGUAAAACCUUAAAAUCAGAUUCUGACAUCCUAGAAGAGGGCAAAGAAGGAAGGGGCUGGAGAGGUGGCUCAGCAGCUGAGAGCUCACUGAACUUGAUUCCCAGUUCCAUCUGUAGCGCCUGCCUCACGGGAUCCAAAACUCCCUUGUAGCCUCUUUGCUCAGAGACUCUCAUGUGCACAUAUCCUACAGACUUACACAUGUGCAUGUAAUUAGAAAUAAAAUGUUAAAAUCCUGAAGAUAGUGGCAUCCUGACCGAGACCAGAAUAAGAUGAGAGAUGCAGAUGUUACUGGUUGGGUUCUUUGUUUAUUUUGCCUGUGCAGUGAAAACAUCUUCACAUACACACAUGUACUUGGAUAGCAAUUCUCUGAUUAUUAAGUGAGACAAAACUUUGAAGACAUCAAGGGUACCCUAUUCAUAAUUAGAAAAUACAGAAACUAUUUUUCCAUUGUUGAUCUAUAGAUUCAAUACCAUGUCAACUCCAAUGGACUUUCUUUCACAGACAUGGGCAGGUUAUAUGGAAAUACGGAUAUGUUCAUUAUCUUGUGGUAUUAGUUUCACAAAUAUAUUUGUAAAGGCUUAUUAACUGUUGUAUAUAUGUUUUGUUUCAUUUAUUAUAUGUCAAUUGUACUGUAAAGCUGGUAAAAAUAUAAAUAUUCUAUUGAUAAUAGUUUGUGUAAAGUGGGUACUAAAUAAACAAUGAUGUUUACAAAAAUAUAGAGCAAUAAAAAGAAUUUAGUAUAGUUGUAACAAUCCUUUAAGAUUUAUUCAUUUUUAUUUUAUAUGUGUGAGUGUUUUGCCUGCAUAUAUGUAAGUGUACUACAUAUAUGCAGUGCCCCAUAGUCAACAGAUUUGGGGAACUGGAAUUACAGAUGGUUACGAACCACCACGUGGAUGCUAGGAAGUAAAACAAGGUCCUCUGAGAGAACAGCAAGUAUUCUUGGCCACUGACCCAUCUCUCCAUCACCUAGCUGAAGCAUUCUUGUCAAAGGGAUAGCUCACUGUAAAGCCACAAUAAUUAAACUAUAGCAGCAUAAGACUACUAGAUAAACAGACCAAUGGAACCAAACAAGGAGUACAGAAACACGCCUUUAGAUGUUCUGCUAAUUUUUGUCCUGACCAAGGCACCAUGCCAUUUCACUAGGCAAGUUAAAUGAUAACUACUGCUAUGUCCACAUGGAGAGAGGAUCUAUUGUGGCUACCUCACAUAAAGGUAACUUUAAAUGAACCAUGAUAUGGACCAAACGGCCUAGUCCGUAAUCUAUAAAGAAAUAAGAGAACAGAUUUACAAUGAGGAAGGCAACAUUUUUGUGAGGGAAGAAACAAAAGGGUACCAAUAAGUAUGCAUUUCAAAAAUAAAGUGGAGAAGCUGAGGUCUCAUGCACCGUAUGGUUACACACACAUUCAAAGAAGACCCAAGAGGAAGGCUGCUCUGUCCUCGAGUUCUUCACAAGCAAGACAGAAAGGCUAAGACAGAGCUGGGACCCUCCUGACAGAAUGCAGGAAGUCUAUCAUGGAAUGCAAAAUGGAGGCCUGUCAGUUCAAAGAUCUUCCCUGCCUGGCCUCUGCGCCAUUGAAAGACUUCACCGGAUACAAAGAAAAUGAGACCUUAAUGCUUCCAGAAGGAUGACAAACAAUUUCACAGCAAGUUUGGGAAUAUGGUGGAGAAACAGAGCUGGCUCAUUUUACAAAAUAUCCACCUUUCAACCAAAAUAUUACAAAGCACAGAUAGAAACAGUAUAGUCUAUGCCCAGGCUUAAAAGAAAAAUAGGACCCAGACAUGGUCUCAGAACAGCCAAACAAUAGACGUACUCAGCAAGACUUAAAGCAGCUGUUGUAAAUUGGUUCUGAAGUGACCAGACUUAAUUGAAGAAAACAGGAGAACUAUAAACAAAGAGAGGGUUUAAAGUUCUGCAGUUUAUACUGAAAUUUUUCAUUAUGAUAAUAAUCCACCAAAAAAAGGUCUGAAUU